AUGCUUCACGCUGCGGGGCUUUCUCCAGAACAACAGAGAAAACUGGCGACAAGUCUGAUCUCUUUCCUCUCUCAGUACAGACACCUGACUGACUCCUAUAUCAUCGAAUUCUUCACUGAGGACCUGUGGCAGACGUUACCCUCCAGCUGGCAGUCCGCACUCGGAGAGCUGUCCUCUCAGCAGAUAGCAGAUCUGUUACUGGAUCCAACUUGCAAAGACAGGAGGUAA